UCGAUCGCAAGCGCUCCUCUGCGCUCGCAUUCGCAAAGCAAUGGCCGAUGGUCAGAUGUGAUGCUUGCAGACUCGGUCCGUACCUUAUCGCGAAGGUCCUACGCGCUUUAACUUAUAUUAAUUAUAACAGUUCCUCUACUUACAAACUAAACUGUGUGGUGUGAAUUCCAGUGUGCAAACGGUGUAGCAACUUUAUUUCUGUGUUUGGACCUUGUGAAACUUUAAAAUUGUUAGUGGUCUCCGCAAUGCCAAGUACGUAAACACAUGUGACCGCCCGGCAAGCGAUCCACGCAGUAAUGGCGUUCAUGACCAAGAAGAAACGGUACAAGUUCGGAGUUCAGUGCUGUCUCGAGGAGCUCACCGAGGUCCCGUUUGUGUCGGCGGUGCUCUUCGCGAAGGUGCGGCUGCUCGAUGGAGGGAAUUUCCAGGAUCAUUCCAGCCGUGAGGAGGUCCGCAACCACGCGGUGCGCUGGAACGCGCAGUUCUCGUUCGUGUGCAAAAUGUGUGCGAACGCGAACACGGGAGUUUUGGAGCCGGCUCUGAUGCGUGUCUCCGUGAGGAAGGAGUGUAAAGGUGGACGUUCAUACCAGAAGCUAGGCUUCUGCGACGUGAACUUGGCGGAGCUGGCAGGCGCCGGCGAGAGCACCCGCCGGCGGCUGCUCGAGGGCUACGACCCGCGGCGGCGGCUCGACAACUCCGUGCUGCGGGUGCGGAUCAAGAUGAACAUGAUCUCCGGUGACCCGCUCUUCAAAGUGCCUGAGCGCAAGCAGGACGUGGACGGCAAGGCGGACAGCGGCUCCGAGAGCGCGGCCGGCGGCCCCGAGGACGAGUGCACCUCCAGCACGCCCAGCAGCGGCUUCGGCAGCCUCACCAAACGGUCCAACUACGAGGGCGGCCACUCGUUGCCUCUGUCGUCGCUGCCGUCGUGCGAGAUGCCGUCGCCCGACCCGGACGACGUGACCGACCAUCCGGGAACGGGAACGCUGACCGCCGCGUCGUGCGCGAGUUGUCUCCAGCAGCACACACACUCGCGCAACUCAUCCAACACCUCCGGGGACACGAGUAGCAAAGCGUCAGGAUACGGCAGUUCUGUGUCGGCGCACUCGCGCCAGAGCUCCGAGGGCGACUCCGCGGACGCGCGCGUCCAGCCCCACCACAACAGUCGCUUGUGCAAGCACACAGGGCGAGCACAAACGCUAACGAAGCUCCUACUCGAGAAAUCAAUCUCGUCCGACAACUCGGACGUCUACCUGACGCCCAACACGACCCUCACCGGACCGCCGGACGUCAUAAGACACGCCAUACAGUCCCCAGCGACAGAGGACUACAAAACACCAAACACAACACUCACUAACGAAACUAAUACACAUUUCGCUAUGCCCACAUAUUUCGAUAAGAAAAAGAAGGCCGCGGCGACAAUGAUAAGCAACGCUGUCCAGCCGUUAACGAACUUCCAAAUAUUCAAGCAGAAAUCUUUAAACACAAUACCGGCUCUGAUAGAGAGGAACAAACGCAACGAGGAGCUAUUCAACAAUUUCCCAUUCUUAACACCAUUAGCGCAUAGAAAGAGUUCCCUGAUCGCCGACGCUAACAGACUAUCGGGAUGCAUGGAGGACGAGUUCUACAGCAUCACUUCUGACCCGGAAACUGAAGGGUUAUCUAUCGACGUACGCAAUCGUUUCAAGAGUCUGUCAAACAAGAAUAUUGAUAAGGAUGUAUUCACAUCGACGCCGAAAGAGAGAAUGCCGGUGAUACAGAGGUGUAACUACUUGUCGGAGCGCCGGCGCGGGGAGGUGCUGAGGCACAGCUACACGGACCCGAGGAACCCUUCGUCCGGGUCGCUGACCGCGUCCGCGUCCGAGAGCGGUUCGCUGGACCGCGCGCGCGCCGCCUACUCGCGCCGACAACGCGCACCCCCCCAGCCCCAGCCCGCGCCGAACGACGACCAGCAUAUGGUGUCCUGCCGGGUGGAGAACACGCGCGUGAACCCUGACUCGCUGAUAGACGAGCUGCUCGCGCAGACCGACCUCAAGCAAGCCGUCGACGACUCCGCGGAGACGUCCGGGCUUCAGCUAUUCAUAGCGCGCGACGGCACCGCGGAGCUGGGCUCGCGACAGCGCACGGAGCGGCGGCCAGACUACCAGCGCGUCGUUAUACACCCGCACGAGCGCAGGCGACCUACGGCCUGAGUGUACGCCGACGUGGGUCUCGGACCGCCGCGGGUCUGACCCGACGCCGACACCCGACCACACCCGACAACUUCCGCAACAGACCCACAGGGAACACUUGGUCGGCCACGAUACUUCCAUCGCAAUAGAUUCAUCACUUCCAUAAUACUUGUGUUCAUAUAUUUACAACCUUUUUUCGGGUAUGUUCGAUAAAAUGAUUAUUGGCUUUUCUAUGUAUAUACAUUUUUAACCGUUUUAGCGCCAAACGCAGGUUAAUCCCUAGCGUUGUUACAAAGUAUAUGCGGCCUACACCAAUUUUGGUGUCUAGCCAUAAUAGUCGCCGCGCACCGCUACGAAACUUACGCCUGCUCGCGCUUGCGCCACCCAGCGGUCAUAUCUGUCGUAAUAGACGCGUUAUAGAGAGUGAGCCUUCUAUACCUAUUACUAUUUAUUCUGUGGUUUGGUACACGUUAUUGGUCCAAAUAACCCGUUGGCGCUAAAUAGGUUAAACAUUAACUAAAACAGGAUCUCCUGUUAAUAGCUUCCAUUAUAUUAAGACAUUGGGUUUAAUGAAUAUGCGAAGCUGACUUUAAUAACAAAUGGGUAAAAUGGGUUAUCAAAUUCGUUGUAUGACGAAGUCAGAACCAGAAAAGUGUCAUACGGUUUCAAACAGUAUUAUAAUCGGCGAGAUUGAGCUAUUUACCUUAUAAUUAUAUUUAUAUUUGACAUGCUUUACUUAUUAUAAGGCAAAUAGCUCUGAUUAAUAUUAAACUUGAGUUACUUAGUUCUUAAGACGAAAGUGGAGGACCCGCGCGAUAUCGCCUUUUCAUUCAAUCGUAGUACUCAUUUUCCUCUGGAUAAUUAACAUUAUUGAAAAUAUUUUGACAGAAUUUGUGCUAUGCCUAGAUUUUUUUCGUAUUUUUAAUUAUUAUAAA